GCUAAUUGGCACUUCGGAUGCAGCUGUCGUUGACAGAUUUUCUCUUACAUCAAGAAUCCCACAAAAUCAUAUUUGGAUUCUGUUCGAAGUAAAGAAAUCUGUUAAUGACAGUUGCUUGUACCAAGCAAUGGCAGAAUUAACUGCCGGCGAUCUUAAAUCUGUGCAUGCAGUUCUUACUGUAUUGACAGAUUUAAGAGACGACUGGCA